GAGUCUAACGAAGUCAAUCAGAACGAAUGUUGCGUUAAAGCACUUCACCGUCUUCAAUUGCUUAUGGCCCCCACACCUCCUGCGUCGCCAUUUGCGGCGCUGCUCAGGAGGUCAAAAUUCGCCUCGUAUGACCCUCACAUUGGCCAAGUCUACGCGACUUUCGGCGGAGACGCAUCUCGCGGCAAUUGGGGUCUGAAACGACCAUUACCUCUUCGCAAACGCCAGGCCUAUAUCACCGUUAAAGCAAUCGACUCCCGGGAGCAGCAGACGGAAUGGAAAAGUGCAGAGCAACAGUCUAGGUGGAUUCGCAUGUAUGAUGAAGUUGGCAUGCCACCGAAGCUGUCCGAUCAGUCUCAAUGGAUCCACAAAAUUGGUCCAGUUGCGGAGUUGCAGUGGACGGUUGACUCAGAGUUUGCUACAAAGGACGCUAACACAGUGCCCUCUGGGAAAUACACUGGUGGUCUAGGGGAGGAAAAUAUUCCUGAGAAUGAGUCGGAGAGGGCGCGCGCAGCGAGGGAGGAAGGUGUGUUUGCUCGCGAUGUGGCGACACCAAAUAUCAGUGCCAUGUCGGAGAAGGAGUUCGAGGCUUAUUUGCGGAAGCUGAGAGCUCUUCGCCCACAAUUCCGCAAAUAUCUGCAGGCGAAGGUGGCGUUCGAAUCCCCGAAGCAUGCUGAACCGGAACCUCUGCCUUCCUUUUGGGAGAUAUCUGACAAACUCAAGUCGUCAUCGGUUCCUCGUGAUUUCCUUUCCUCGAGGCAAUACAAGAAAUACACGGAGGAGGGCUCUCGACUUGUCGAACAGCAGCCUCAUCGUUUCGGCGGUCUCACGUAUUCAUGUUACAACACUAUGCAGUCCUGGUUCUACUCCCCUCCCAAGCCCGGACGUAUUCUCUCGAAAGGUUCUUCUACAGCACGAGGCAGUAACACUGAUAACAUGCGAGCCAGUUUUGCCGGCAUGUCUGCCCACUUGCCAGCUGGGUUGAGGGACCAACGUGGUCCCAUGGACUGGACGAAGCUCUCUCGUUCGGGCGAUCGCAAUCCUACGCAGGGUGUUGCACCAAUGCGGUUGGUCGAAGCUACGCUGUAUAACGCGCCAGAAACCGUUGGGGAACAUCCUGAAGACCUUGUCAACACGUCGCUUCAAGCCACUGUGCAGGUGGUAGGCGAGCAGGGGGGGAUGUCGCAGGGCAAUCCACAUCCUCCAGGGUCGAGGGAGUAUGUCGCACAGGUUGAAGGAGUGGGAAAGAACCUCCCUAUAGGAAUCUUCAAAGUGCAGCCGAAGAAACCAGCUGCUCCAUCCUUGGAUGAAACGCCAGUUGACUCCGGCAAGGUGUUGUCGACGCUCUCGAAUCUCAUUUCAGCGAGCAAACCUGCUUCUCAAUAGCUUGGAACCUUGGCUAUGGUAGUUGAAACGAGACCACUUCACGUGUUUACAACAGUAUGAGCUUUUCUAAUGCCUUUCGAACGUCUCCUCCGCUUUCAGCGAGCACCUUCUCUGCUUGCGCCCGUGUAAGGUCUAGUUCAUGUACCUUUGCAAUUGUUGGUUUCUAGGCAUUUGUUUAAAUGAGAGAAAACUCACUAUGAGAUCAAUAUCCUCUCGUUUCGCGCUAUGAGCUUCCU